AUGGUUCUGGAUAACAUUUUAUCAUCUCCUCGUUUGAGGUCUCCAUCCCUCCGAAAACAAUUCAGCCGGGAUGAGUUGGGUAGUUGGUCAACUCUCCUUCAGAGGCACCGAUUCCUCUUAACAGCUUUGGUUCUUUUGGCUUUUCUUUGCACAAUCUAUCUUUACUUUGCUAUUACUUUAGGUGCCACUGGAUCAUGUUCUGGAUUGACAGGAAAACAGCAAGCACUUUGCCGCGUAGAACUGGCAAAGGCUUCAGUCAAAGGAAAAAUGAAAUUUUUCUAGCACAUAGACAACCAACCUAAUUGGUCUUGUUUUCUUGUUCUUGGAGGGUGUGAUUGUGUUUGUUAUUGGUUACUGUAUUUAUGAUAUAUACCAGAAUUCGUCUCGGUAUA